UCCUUCGCCUCCUUCUUCUUCUACGCCUGCUCCUCCGUCGGAUGAUACUCUGGCCCCGUCAGCAGCAGCGCCAGCAGCAGCAGAAAACCACCCCGACGUGGAGGGCAUCAAAACGUUAAUGAAAGCCGUCGGGGACGUCAAGACUCUCAUCGAGGAAGAGCGCAGCGAUGGAGGGGACGUGUUGACACUGCUUGUUCUUGUGGGCGAUACUACGUCUGCUACAGCUACAGCUACAGCUACAGCCGGAGAAGAUGACGACGAAGACGUAAAUGGAGCCGCGCUGGACGACGAGCCGUUUUCGGAGCUGUGGUGGGAGGACCAGAUGUUCGAGAUGGGGCUGGUGGGGGUUGAGGUUGUGCGGUGGGAUCCGAAGGUUCCUGAGUCUGAGAUGCGGGUGAGGAAUUCGUUUGGAGAAUACCAAGGCAUGACGCGCAUCCGAGAAGUCCUCGAAACGCACGACUGGAACGGUUCGUCGGAGACUGUCUCUGGGGAUGUUGGUGUUGGUCACGAUGACGAUCUCGAGAAGUACCUUCUUGGGUUGGAUGGUGAUGGCGGCGAAAGCGAUAUCGACGACGAAGAUACCGGUUUCGGACUGGAAGUUAACGAGCUUGAGCGCGAGAUGGUAGGAUUGCGAAUGGCGAUUGAAAACGGAGGAGAUGUGGGACUGGAUUCUGAGGUUGGGGGUGGGGAAGAUGAUGAGGAUGAGGAUGAUUUGAGGGUGGAUUCAUUGGGGGGGUUGAUGUUGAGGAUGCAGGCUAUUAAAGGUUUGUCUCUGUUCCUGUCACCCUGUCCCUUCUAUAGAGUGAUAUACAGUAUACUAAGGCUAACGGUAUAGAUAUGAGCGCCGACCUUCCGGAGCAGGAGCGGAAACGGUUUGCGGCGAGGGCUGUGCGGGAUAUUAUGAAGGAGGUGUAAUAUACUUAGAUCAAGAAAAACAUACAAUGGUUCCAUCUGAAGUAAACAGCUUCAAGGUCAGGCAUUCAUAGACUAGGCAACUUAUGCAAUAGAUCUAUACUAGUACAUGCGAUAUUAUACUACCAUAUAUUCCAAUCACCAAUAUUAUAAGCUCUAUACUUCUUGUCAUAAACCGCAUCCCAGCCCAACCUUACCACAAUCUCAACCCAUAUAAUACAUAGAUCACCCUCAUCCACCUAAACAACGA